AUGCCUGGCCGAGUUUCCGCCCGUUCGACCUCUGCGCCGACUCGCAGGUCGUCGGCUCAGCCCUCAGCAUCGGGAGGUCGCGCCGCGUCUGUGACCCCGUCCUUUGUGGUUCCAGAGGAACCUGCUCCGCCCGAAGCAUCGCCUAACCUACGUCGCGAUGUUUGUUUGAUUUUUGCUGAUGCCCAGCGUUCAACGACCGGUCAUCGGAAGCUUGUGGUGCGAUUAAGGAAGCUGCAGGAGACAUGCUGCGGAAUUUCUGCGAAGAAGACGAAGAAGGAUGGCAAGGACCCUGAGGUCCGAGAGGAACUGUUACUGCCGAGUGAAGAAACCAUUCCGGAAAAAGAGUUUAACGUAGAGGUUGGUCGCUGUUUGCUGCGCAUACUGCCGAUCAAGAAGACCGAGUCGGUUGGGGAUCGAAUUCUGCGGUUUGUUGGAACUUUCCUAUCUCACGCGACUGAGAAAGAUACCGAAAUCUUCGCCGCCAGAAAUGACGAGGAUGACAUGCAAAAUAUCAUCGAGACUCCAACUGCCCGACUGGCGACUCAUCUGAUCAGCGUGGUUGUGCCGUUACUGGCAGCAAAGGACAAGAUCGUGCGUUUUCGCGCGACACAAAUUGUCACCCACAUUGUCAAUUCUCUCGAAACAAUCGAUGAUGAUCUCUACCAUACCAUUCGACAGGGACUAUUGAAACGAAUUAGAGACAAGGAGCCCUCAGUGAGGGUACAGGCUGUGCUGGGGCUUGGACGCCUGGCAGGAAACGAAGAAGAAGACGACGAUGACAACGACGAUAGCUCCAAAGCCCUCCUCGAAAAGCUCAUUGACAUUAUGCAGAAUGACACAAGUGCUGAAGUGCGAAAGACCUUGUUGCUCAAUCUGCCUUUAGUGCCCGCGACUCUCCCGUAUCUGCUCGAACGUGCACGAGACCUUGAAGCAACUACCAGACGAGCCUUAUACUCCCGCUUACUUCCCACCCUGGGUGACUUCCGCCAUUUGUCGCUUUCAAUGAGAGAGAAACUGCUUCGAUGGGGCCUUCGAGACCGAGAUGAAAGUGUCCGAAAAGCCACAGGAAAGUUGUUCUAUGACCGCUGGAUUGAAGACUGUGCUGGCGCAAACAACGAUUCCGAAAAUGGUCCUUCCACCCAGCGGUCUCCCCCGAAUAUCCCGGCACUACUGGAAUUAUUGGAAAGAAUUGAUGUCGUCAGCUCUGGGAUGGAUUCGGGGAUCGCGCACGAGGCCAUGCGCAGCUUCUGGGAGGGCCGCCCCGACUAUCGAGAGGCAGUUGUAUUCGAUGAGCCAUUCUGGGAAUCCUUGACGGCCGAGUCAGCCUUUCUUCUACGAUCGUUUAACGACUUCUGCCGCGUCGAGAACGAAGGAAAGUUCGAUAGUCUCGCCGACGAGAAGAUACCUGAGGUGACAGCUUUCGCGCAUUUCCUGAAAAAAUACAUGAUCGAGCUCCUACAAAGGAAGAAAAUGGCCAAGGACACUAGUGAAGCAAACGACGACGACACGGUUGAGAACGAAUUUAUCGUUGAGCAACUAUUACAUAUCGCCAUUACGUUGGACUAUAGUGACGAGGUUGGUCGCCGGAAAAUGUUCUCUCUCCUUCGCGAGUCGCUAGCCGUGCCCGAGCUACCUGAGGAGUGUACCAAGCUCACUGUCGAGACUUUGAGAUGUGUGUGCGGACCUGCUGCUGCGGCCGAGAGCGAAUUCUGCAGUGUCGUUCUCGAAGCUAUUGCGGAAGUCCAUGACACCAUUGUGACCGAAGAUAGUUUUGUUUCGGCCAAGUCUGAAAUUAGCGAUGCGACCUCCAGCCGCCAACGAUCCGAGACCCCGGCAGACAGCGAAGCCGAAGUACCCUUCAAUAAGGAGGAAGCAAAGGCCAAGGUUCUGCGGGAGAUCGUGGUCAAUAUGAAAUGCCUGCAUAUUGCCCAAUGUAUGUUACAAAACGUGGAAGGCAAUCUGCAACAGAACAUGAACCUGGUCACUAUGCUCAACAAUUUGGUCGUGCCAGCGGUUCGAAGCCACGAGGCUCCGAUCCGUGAAAGGGGUCUAGUGUGCCUUGGUCUCUGCUGCUUGUUGGACAAGACUCUCGCCGAAGAGAAUAUGACGCUCUUCAUCCACUGUUAUAGCAAAGGCCACGAAGCCCUGCAGGUCACCGCCUUGCACAUUUUGUGUGAUAUGAUAACGACGCAUCCCUCGCUACUCGCCCCUGUCACACAGUCUGACGGGGAAACCGUUUCCCCGCCAGCAUUCCAGAAGCCAUUGCUCAAGGUCUUUGCAAGAGCUCUAAAGGCCAGCUCUCCGAACAGUGUCCAGGCCGCUGCAGCCACCGGCCUUUCAAAGUUGUUGCUCACAAAUACUUUUACGCCGUCUGGGGCAAACAUUCCACCGGCCAUCCAGGAGUACAACGAGUCCGCUGUGGAGACCCUCUUGCAAUCGCUCAUUGUUUCUUUCUUCCACCCACGUACUCGGGAGAACCCAGCCUUUAGGCAAGCGUUGGCUUAUUUCUUCCCUGUAUACUGCCAUUCCCGCUUGGAGAAUACCCAGCACAUGCGAAAGGUGACCGUUCCCGUUAUCCGUGCGGUUCUCAAUGCGGCGGAGGAGUACUACUCCCUAGAAGCCGAGGAAGAUAGUGAUGGCGAGAUUGAUGAGACUGUUGGACAAAGGGAGCUGAAGACCCUGAUGGCAGGUGUCGUGGGCAUGCUUGCAGAAUGGACGGAUGAGCGGAGAGUGGUGGGCCUGGGUGGAGAGAAGAUUCUGGCGGGUGUUCCGACAAGCUCCAACGCCUGUGGAUUCGUGCACUUGGCCCUGGUGAAAGAUAUUCUGGAGCGCGUUCUGGGAAUUAGCACCGGUCCCAACCGGUGCUCUAAGGAAGAAAAGAAGCUUAUAUUCUCAUUGUUGAGUAAGCUUUAUAUUUCUCCUCCUGUGGUACCAUCGCGAGCUGGGUCUAGGAUCCCCGAAGGCGAUGAUCAAUUCCGCUCCAGCACCCAGAGUGCCAGUGGGGGCGAAAUCUCCCCUGAGAAUGUGGCUCUUGCCCAGGAGGUCAAGGAAUUACUGGACGAGGCCAUCCAAGAGGGUGUCGCGGCCGAAGCAGCGGGUCGAAAUGCACUCGUGAAGGUGAAGAAUGCUGUUCUCAAACUCCUUGCAACUGCGCAGGGUACCAGGUCCGAGAGUGUCAGGCCGCGUGAAGGCACCGAGGAACCCGAAAGUGAUGCCAUGAGCAUCCGCUCUGGCAGUGCCCGGCCGUCCAUUGAGCACCCAGGCAAACGCCGGCGGAUGUUCUCAGUAGAGCCCAGCAUCAUGGAGGAGGAUGAGAACGAUGACAGUCGAGGAACGAUCAUCAAGUCUGAAGCUCAUGACGACUGA